AUGUCUAAGCUCGAGGACGUGAAGGAAGUUGCAGGGAGCCAUCCUUUCGUGUACGUCUUCGACAAGGAGCUGCGGCGUACCUUCCAAUGUGCGCCUUCACCGCCGGUUCCUCGAGAAAGACGCAAGAGCGGCAGAGACAAGGAAACAGACGGCUGGAUGCCACGAGGGCCACGACAAAUAGCGCAUUACAACCGGCAUGAUAUGGUGCAGCACUGGAAGAAUCAAUCUUCCGGCGGGAAGAAGUCUCACCAACCGUUGCCUGAUGAAAUUGCCAUGGAGUCUUUUCAGUUGAACUUCAGACGCUGGCUCUGGGAGCGGCAGCUCCGGGAGACCCUGCAGAGAGAUGUGAGAUGGGAUCCGCCUGCCUCCGAGCGCGACCCGUCCUAUCCUUUCAUGUACCACCGCGACCUUCCGCCCUGCACUGUGGAGGAUGCACACACAGAGCCCGAAGAAGGGCGUUUCGACCGCGUGAUGAUCACCGGCAUCAUCAUCCAGCCCAACUCGUCCCCGUAUGCUGGAGAGGAGCGAUGUGAGAACUGGGAUCCUUCUCUCGAGGAAAUGAUCCUGAUGAGUUUGGACGCCGACCGCUGCGGCGACGAAGGAGAGCCUGACAAGUUCACGUUGCCCGGUCUCUUCUGCAGGCCUGAGCAGAAGUACUCUGUAGAGGAUCGGGGAGUCAGAGAAGCAGCCGACGAUGUCAGUGGCUACCCGUCGCUGGACUUCCACGACUUCUGCUCCGUCGUCGAUCAUGUGGUCACUGUUGAGCGAGAAGCGCUACAGCGAAAGAUCGAGGUCUGGCUCAUCAGGAGCACUGCGUUGCGCACGGACGACGUGGCGGAGAAGAUGAGGCUCUUCUUGAAGUCUCUCGGUGUGAUCUGCACGAAGGAGCUGGUAGUGGAGAUGAUGAGCCUGGGCGGCCUCUCUAACCGCCGCUGCGACACACAGGAGGAGCUUUGGCGGCUUCUUGCUGCCUAUCGCGCCUGCGAGGGCUUUACGCAGGAGGAGAUUGAGAAAGCGAACGAGGAAUUCGACCGCCUCGCUUUGGUCGGGGGCGCCUCGACGCCCACAGCCAGGAUGCGAGAGGGCAGGCGGGCUGAUGAAGCAUGA